GCAAAUCCACUUUUCCUUCGCGUACGACUUCUCUUAACUGAAUCGGACGGCGGUGUGACGACGUCGGAAUCAAUGAGCCUCUCUAGCGCCGUCAAAGCCAAGAAAUCCACUCUCAUCUCUUUGAUGCGACUAUCCUCCGCCAAUUCAUCGUCUUCGUCAACAGUCUCCUUGAAACCAAGCGGGCGGUUACAGCAAACUCUCGCGGGAUCGGUGGAAGUGAACGGUAAGGCUCUGCAUUCCGGCAAGGUUUCGACGGUGAAGCUACUUCCGGCGAUCGCGGGAGCUGGGAGGUACUUGGAGUUUCGUUCCAGAUCAAUCCCCGCGUCGAUUGAGUUUGCUCAGGAGUCGCCUCUCUGCACAACGCUGUUGAAAGACGGUCUCAGGAUCCGAACCGUCGAGCACUUGCUAUCAGCUCUUGAGGCUAAGGGCGUUGAUAACUGCAGAAUUCAAAUCGAGAGCGAGAGCGAGAGUCCAGAUGAUCGGGAAGUCGAGGUCCCUAUUUGUGAUGGAUCAGCUAAAGAAUGGGUAGAAGCGAUCGAAGAAGCUGGCAUAAACGUAGCUCAAAACCAUGAUGGAGAAACUGUGGAGAAGAUGGUAGCACAUGUGAACAAGCCUGUGUACGUUCGCAAGAACGAUUCUUUCGUAGCUGUGUUCCCUGAUUUAGAGACUCGAAUUACUUGUGGUAUCGACUUCCCACAGGUGCCUGCUAUAGGCUGCCAGUGGUUUUCUUGGAAACCUGAACAUCACUCUUCGUAUGCAAAAGAUAUAGCACCGUCGAGAACGUUUUGUGUCUAUGAAGAGGUGGAGAAAAUGCGGGAAGCAGGGCUCAUUAAAGGAGGUUCUCUGGAUAAUGCAAUCGUUUGUAGCGCCGAGCAUGGAUGGAUGAACCCUCCUCUGCGGUUUGAUAAUGAAGCAUGUCGACAUAAGAUUUUGGACCUUAUUGGUGACCUCUCCCUUGUAGCACGAGGCGGAAAUGGAGGAUUCCCUGUGGCUCACAUAGUAGCAUUUAAGGCGGGUCAUGCACUGCACACUGAGUUGGCACGUCAUCUUACCAUCGACUGAGAAGAGUAUGCUCGUUGCCUACCACAUUCCGCAGAAGCUUUGAUCCUCCGUUUGUUUUGUUUCUUUACCCAAAGACACUACCAAUAAGUGAAUUUUGUUUUUGCCCAAAUCGAGUUUUAUUACUCUCAAGGUUUGAAUGAACUAGUUUUCACUAAUAUUAGAAUAUUCAGAUGA